CGCGUCAAUGGGCGUCCGGGUGUCCGCGACGGCCAGCGAGCGGCUUAUCACAUUGCGACCUAUGCUGUUCCUCCUGGCAUUACGGGUCUUCUGACUUCAAGGCAUUCGAGCCGCUUCGGAAAGCUUCCGGCCCCCUGCUGGUCGUGGUCGUCUAUCUCUGUCGGCUCGCUGGGCGAGCAGGAUAGUAGUUAGUAGCAAGGACGCAAGCGCAGACAAAAAGGGAGAAGCGGAAGGUCUAGCGGGGGUCGCGGUCUGUCGCAGGAGAUCGAGGGGCCUUUUUGUAGUUCAGAUUUGCGCCUCGCUUGCAUCGGCCGCCUCUCUCAC